GGCUCAGGCGCAGUGAGAGCCUGUCAGACAAGCAGGUGAAGGAGGCCAAGUCUAAAUGUAAGCGCAUUGCUAUCCUUCUGAACGCUGAAGCUCCCAACCCCAACAACAAGGGGGUGUUGAUGUUCAAGAGGCAUCGACAGAGGGCCAAGAAGUACACACUCGUCAGCUACGGCACCGGUGAGAGUGAACCAGAGUACGAGGUCGACGACAGCGACGAGGAAGACUACGGCGAAAAAGACGCCAGAGCGAUCAAAUUCACCCUCUUAGCCACCACCAGCGGAUCAGAGCUUGAGGAGGACUUUAUCACUAAUGCCCAGGGUGGUGGCAGAGUGCUAACCUUCGACUGGGACACAGGACUACUCGAGAUCGAGCGCAAGCUCAACUCCGGAGAGGAGAUGGAGCAACUGCCCAACACCACGGGAAAGGGGGCCACAAUGUUCGCCCAGCGCCGCCAGCGCAUGGAUGAGAUCGUCGGCGAACAUGAGGAGAUGAGGCGCCAGGGGAUUCCCGUGGAGGGGGUACAGGAGGUGGAGAAGCAUGCGGCCUACCAGCAAAUGGAGGAGCGCUCGUACAUGCAGGCCACCACAGAGAGGCAGGCCUACAUGGACUUCAGCGUGCACCAGAAGCAGCAGCAACAGUAUCAGAAGUACCAAGAGCAGCAGUACUAUGAGCAGCAGCAGCAGCAAUACCAGCAGCAACAACAGUACGAGCAGCAGCAAUACCAGCAACAACAACAGUACCAACAGCAGCAGCACAUUCAGCAGUACUCGUCUAACAUGAAUGGCAUGGCCAACCAUCAAACCAAUGAAAUGCAGAGUUCCAUGAGCAAUCAAACUGCCCAGCCCUUCUCAUUACAAAACCGGAUGCCUGCCCUGUUUUCUCCCCCAGUGAGUGGGAACAACCAAGAGAUGAUGGGUCAGGGGGAGCAGAUUGCCUCACGCGACGAGCGCAUUUCGACGCCGGCAAUCAAGUCUGGGAUCUUGCAGGACACAAGGAACAGGUUCAAGGGCAAGCCAAUGUUCAAUUUCAAACAAGCACCCAAAGUGUCACCCAACCCCGAACUUCUGAAUCUCCUCAACAGGAGUGAAAAGAAGUUGGAUUUCGAGUCAUGCACGGAAGAGGACUACCUCAGCUUGGGAGCUGAGGCUUGCAACUUCCUCCAGUCACCAAGGGUCAAGCAUAAGACGCCUCCACCAGUCGCUCCCAAGCCCAUCAUUAACCCCAACUCUCCACCCUGGUCCCCUCAGCCUGAGCUGGACAAUCAGGAGUUGUCAAUGCAUGCUGAAAAUAGCGUCCCUGCACCUGCUACAGCCCCCGAGACCGAGUCCGCUCCAGAACUGGCCCCAGAGCCCUCCCCCCCUCUUGCCCCCCAGGAAGCUCCUGUUCCUGCCAAGCCCCCCUCUCCAGACAAACACACAUGGAGUCCCCCAGGGUCCCAGGCACAGCAGCAGCAGCCCCAGCAAGCGCCAGCCUGGGGAGGAAAUGGUCCUUCACCAACUCAGCCUCAUUCGCAACCCGAGCCUCGAGUGAGUUCUUGGGAUCCGUCACUAACACAGGCAUCACAGCAGCCACUUGUGAGUACUUGGCCACCUGCUGAAAUGAAGCACCAGGCUCCCGCUCCAAGUCAGUCCCCACCACAGCUCCCUUGGGUGACUCCCCAACCACCUCCUCCUCAGCCUCAGCCACCCAUGAAUUCUUGGGCUAUAGCGCCUACCCAGUCACAACUCCAAUGGGUUCAACCUCAAGAACAGCAACAGCCCCAGCCCCAGGCACCUUGGGCUCAACCUCAAGAACAAGCACAGCAACAGCCCCAGGCACCUUGGGCUCAACAACCUCAGCCUCAGUCUCCAGAACAGGCUUGGCCCCAGGCCCAGCCUCAGCCACCUUGGGUGUCAUCACCUCAGCCUCCAAUGAAUGCAUGGACACCACCACUGAGCCAGGCCCAGCCACAACAGCCACCUUGGGUACAACAAGCUCAACUCCAACAUCCAGCUCAGCCCCAACCCCCUAUGAAUGCAUGGGCCCCAGCACCUGCUCAGGCUCAGGUCCAGCCUCCAUGGGCCCAGCAACCUCAAGAGCAAGAACAGCCACCCAUGAAUGCCUGGGCCCCAGAUCAGAAUCAGGCCCGGCCACAGCCACCUUGGGUCCAACCACCUUCAACCCAAUCCCCACCCCAGCAAAACUGGCAACAACCACCUCCACAGCAGGCACCCUUACAGCCACAUAUGAAUGCAUGGGCCCCAGCUCAGGCACAGCCUCAGACACACACAAGUACCUGGGCCCCACAACCACAGCAAGUCCCAGUGAAUACUCAGACCCGGAUGGACAGAGUGUGUCAACCUUCUCCGAAACCUUGGAAUGCUCCACAAAGUGCUCCCUGUUCUACUCCUCCACAGCGAAUUAACUCUUACACACUUGGCGAAAGGUCCUCGUCACCCGUCAUCAAUCCAAUGGCCAGUGUUUUGGCACCAGUAGGAGGAAUGGGCUCGGCUUUGUCGAUGCCAGCUGUUAGGGGGAAAGGAGCCGAUUUGUUCGCCAAGAGGCAGUCUCGUAUGGAGAAGUAUGUCGUGGAUUCGGACACUGUGCUGGCAGCCACUGCACAGGCAGCUCAGCAAGCCCAGGCAGCCACUGCGCAGGCAAACAAGGCAAGGCCCACGUCGCCAUCUCCCUCCGUACCUCAUCCGUGGAAAUAUUCACCCAAUUGCAGAGCUCCCCCUACAUCGAAUUACAACCCCAUACAGUCCCCUUCCUACCCACCAGGGGCCAUUAAGCAACCCCCUCCAUCUAGCCCUGCGGUCAAAGCAAAGAAAGGGAAAGGCAAACCUGCCUGCAAACCCCUUGCCGUUAUAGAUGUCAUGAAACAUCAGCCUUAUCAGCUCAAUGCCUCCCUCUUUACUUAUGGCCCAGCAGUGGAGGCUGCCGAGGCUGCCAAGGCCGCCGCACCAAAGCCUGCCCCAGUCCCUCCAAACCAAAACCAACCAAUAAGAUAUGAGCAAGCUGCCCCUGUCCAGCCGGCUGGACAAAUGAAUGCUCCCUAUCCACAGCAGCCUCAGCAGCUCUACGGGAUUCCCCCUCAACCACCCAUGCAUGAUAGUCCAUACCACCCAGCCUCACCUAAUGCUUACCAGCCAUCUAACAAUACCUACCAGCAGGUUCCUGCUGGCCCUUACCAACAUCCAUAUAAUCCCCCUUACAAACAAGCCCCUCCAGCCCCUUAUCAACCCCAGCAGCAAGCUCAAAACCCUUCUUACCAACAGACCCCCCAAGGUCCUUAUCAGCCAGCCCAUAGCCCCCCCUACCAAGCAGCACCCCAAGCCCCAUACCAGCCACUACCUCCCAGUACCUACGUGGUGCCCAGCUUUCCCAUAGCGGCAAAGUCUGAGUCCAUCUCUGGGGGCAGCACCGCUCCAAAGCCCAGGUUCAUGGCCAAAAAGAGUUCAGCCCAGGCAUUUGGCAGGAGCUACUCUCUGUCCCCACCCGCCGCCAGAGCACCAUCGCUGGGCCUCCGGUCAUCGUCUGGGUCCCCUUCCCUCUCAUAUAAACCCCGGGCCUCGUCUGCUCCAGCACCCCCGGGGAGGCAGAUGUCCUGGCUGGACAAGAGUCACAAGCCUCCUUCCCCCUGGGAGGCCGCAGCCCGCCACCCCAUGGGCCUGGUCGACGAGGCCUUCACCUUCCAGAACCUCCAGCAGGCCAUCGCCUUCAACGUGUGCUUGGCUGCCCAGCGCAAGCUGCUCCCCGAGCCCCCUGCUGAGUGGAAGUCUAGGGUGUCCUACGAUCCUCCCAGGAUGACUGAGGGAUGGAACCCGAACCAGAGAUGGAACCAGAGGCAGAGCCAGACCCAGAGCCAGGGUCAGAGCCAGAGUUACAGCAGAGUUAUGCCUCCGUUCCUGUCCCCAACCAAGAGCACGGCCUCGGCCCCCGCCGGUCCAGCUGGCUACAGGUCCCUGCCCAGACAGUUGCAGCCCCAGAGGUCCCUGACGGAGGCCAAUAUCGAGCACUCUGGGGCCAGUCAUGGGAACGGAAGACCCCUGAGGGGGCAGCAGCAGCCAAGCUACAGAUCUGUGUACCACACCGACUGGAGCUGGAGACGCUAGAGGCAGACAAACAUGAUGGCUACUUAUCUUCAUAACAAGGCCAGAAAGUAACUCCAAGAUAUUCAGAUGAAUAGUAGUAAGGACCAUAUAUAUAAUCAGCAUAAUAUAAAACUUGGGACAAUGGGAUAACACAAGGGUUGAGGAGAGCGAGGGGAUAGCUAUUGGGUUUGUGCUGUGUACAGGAGAGAGAUUGAAGGAGGUUGGAUCUGCUUAUUCAGGUUUCACUGAGAAUACUGCUAAGAAUAUACAGAUGAUAAGCGUAAAUGUUUUGGUAUUGGGGACACUGUCAAUGAUGGUUCUAUUUUAGUCAAAUGGGAUGGUAUUGAGUUUCACUUCAUCAAGCUUUCAUUGGACAGAAAUCAAUGAGUGAUUGAAGCAAAAAGAAGGCUGUAAUUGCACUGUCAGAGGCUUUAAUUUCCUCCAACACUGUGAUGUGAUGGUAGCAUUCAAAGUAAGUGAAAUCAAUAGUAUUUCUUCGGAGGAAGAAAUGGGCAUAAAGUAUGUUGUAAGGCAGAAUGUGUGAUUGUCAUGUAUAAAAAUUAAAGGAUGGGAGUAAUGAAUGGACAUGUACAUUUGUGUCAAAAAUACAGUACAGUAUGGAAUACAGUGGGAAAUAUACUGCUAGGUUCGCUGUGCAUCAUACAGAUGACCCACUCACAAUUGACCACAAAGGUCAGUUUGAAAUUGCUGAGUGGUACAAUAAUGUGUGAUGACAAGCUAGAAUCUAGUACAAUAGCAUUAGUUGAUAGUGUUAGUGCCCUAAGAGAAACACACAAAAUAACACAGGUGUUAUAGUAGUGGUUGGUGGCCACAUAUACGUUGUGGGGAGUUGGAUACGAAAGGGCCACGUUUUAUGAUUUUACCAUUUUAUUAUCCAGAUGACUUAAAGUGCCACUGUGGAUGUAUUUACUUAGCAUGCUGGUUUUUGUGGUGUUCGUGGAUUCGCGUGUCUUGUCAAACUAAAUGUGUCAAUGUGAAGUUGGUUAAUGCUUUGGGAAACAGUUAAAGUACACCGUUAAACAUCCAGAGCAAGGGGCUAAGAACACAGGGCUGAAUACUACUGCGAGAUGCCACACACAUCUCCAACUUGCAUAUAAAUCAUAUAUAUUUAGGUAAGUCCUUUAGAUUACCUUAAUACUUUACAUUAAGACUUUACAAAUAAUGUUAAAUAUACCUUAAUGCAAAGUGUUUAUAAGUCAUUUAUAAACCGUUGAUUAUACGUUUUUAAAGUAUGUAUAAAUCCCUUAUAAAUAAUAUCAUGUAAAGUGUUAAAGAUAAGUCACUUAAAGAUUUGCUCAAAAUAUAUCUCAAGUCAGGAUUUCAACCCUUAGAACUACUGCUGAUGCAUUGUGGGUCUAAACGAGGCUUACAACUUGGGGAAUGGCUAAAUCUAUAGCUCAACACAUUGUGCGGACAGGUUACUUACUAUACAGAGAUUAAUUCAUAAUUUUUUUGCCAGCUGCCUUUUAUUUACUACAUUAACAGGUGGCACCGAACAAGGGUUGUGUCCCUAUACAGUGCACUACUUUUUAACUAGGGCCCAUAGGGAAUAGGGUGCAAUUAAAGGUGCAUCACGUGAUGAAUAUGAAGGGGAGGGCAUCAAGCUUCUAACUCAUCUAACAGGACAUUGUAAGGUAUUUUCCCAGUGAUUACACUGUGGGCACCUGGAAAAAUUAUAUCCAGUUAUGUAAGAGAGUUGACACUAGGUACAUUAGAGAGAAGAGAGUGAGGGAUGGAAAUUGUGUUCUUGGACUUUGUUAAGUAGAGCACAGAAUGUGUUAUUUGCUGAUGUCCGUUCCUGGUGAUAAAUAGGCUUCAAAGCAAAUAGAAUGUAGAAUAGGAAAUCAAUAUCUGUACUUUUAUUAUGUGGUCAUGGACAUGUAUGGUGUGAAUCAAGUUGAAAUUGUGAGAUACAUCACUUGCGUUUGCUUGUGUUGCUUACUUCUCAUGGCUUUUCAUCAGUCCAGAGUAAAGAUUCUAUGUGCGACUGCGAUGGAUCAAAUUCUGAAUUUUCAUGUAUCAUCUCUUAUUAUUGCAAGAUUUGAAAUUGUUUAACACUAGUUAGUAUCUGUCAUGUGAUUCCACAAAGUUCUGUAUGUGUGUCAUCAGCAACGAUAUAUUGGAGUGAUAAGAGUGACAUUUUGG